CGUGAUAAAUAGUCCAGUCAUGUUAGCUGAAAUCGAAGGUGAAGAAGAGGUGAGUGCAGGCUCAGUCUUAGCUGUCACAGCUUCCCAGCUGUUGUAAAGCUACCUAUCAGGAAGGAGCAGUUGCCUAAAUCUUGCCUCAGGACUCGCAGCCUCAGGCCAGCAUCCCAUAUGUGGAUGUCAGGACGGAGAGAUCCAGCCCUGAGCUCCACUUACAUACGGUGUGAAUUCAGCUGAGGCUUGAGCUGUCAGGAAAGUCCCAGGAGUGUAAAUCUGAUUCGGAGCCCAGGAGCUCCUGCAACUCUGUGAACGCUGAUCCAUACUCCAGCUGCCCCAAGGUUUCCUUGCAGGAUGGCAGCUACCUGGUUCGCCAUCUUUCUAAUGCUGACCCUUUCCUCUAUCUACUGCAUUGUUUCCCAUCCCAGCCCGGAGAUGUGGUUUCAGGGUCUCUUUCCAUCUAGCGUGUGCCUUGCAAAUGCCCGUACCAACACCUUUUAUGGCAUCAUGUUUGAUGCAGGAAGUACCGGGACCCGAAUUCACAUUUACACCUUUGUGCAGAAAAACCCAGAGCAGCCUCCAGAGCUGGAUGGGGAGAUCUUUGAGUCAGUGAAGCCAGGUCUUUCUGCUUAUGUUGAUCAGCCUGAAAAGGGUGCAGAAACUGUGAAAGGAUUGUUGAAAAUGGCCAAAGAAGCUGUGCCACGUAGUCAUUGGAAGGAGACCCCAGUGGUGCUGAAAGCUACAGCUGGACUGAGGCUGCUGCCAGAGCCCAAAGCCCAGGCUCUGCUCUCAGAGGUGAGAGAGGUCUUUGAGGAGUCACCCUUUCUGGUUCCAAAUAACAGUGUUAGCAUCAUGGAUGGAUCUUCUGAAGGAGUUUUAGCCUGGAUCACUGUGAACUUUCUGACAGGGCAGCUGUAUGGCCAGAACCAGCAGACAGUUGGGACACUGGACCUGGGAGGAGCCUCAACCCAAAUCACGUUCCUGCCACGGUCUGAGGAAACCUUGGAGCAAACCCCUGUGGAUUUUGUCACCUCAUUUGAAAUGUUCAAUAGCACUUACAAGCUCUACACGCACAGCUAUUUGGGCUUUGGACUGAAAGCUGCCAGACUAGCAACACUUGGAGCCCUGGAAAUGAAAGCAGUGGAUGGACAAAUGUUCCGAAGUUCUUGUUUACCGAAGCGACUGGAGGCAGAGUGGCACUUCGGGGGAGUGAGAUAUCAAUAUGGUGGCAACAGAGAAGGGGAAACAGGAUUUGAGCCUUGCUAUUCAGAAGUGGUGAAGGUCGUACAAGGGAAAUUGCACCAGCCAGAUGAGAUUCGCAGACGCUCCUUCUAUGCCUUCUCCUAUUAUUAUGAUCGAGCUGUUGAUACCGACCUGAUAGAUUAUGAAAAGGGAGGAGUUCUAGAAGUGAGAGAUUUUGAACGGAAAGCUAAAGAAGUGUGUGAUAACAUGGACAGGUACACCUCCGCCAGCCCUUUCCUCUGUAUGGAUCUCAGUUACAUCACUGCCUUACUAAAAGAAGGCUUUGGAUUUGGGGAUAACACACUCUUACAGUUAACAAAGAAAGUGAACAACAUAGAGACAAGCUGGGCCUUGGGUGCCACCUUUCACCUGCUGCAGUCUCUGGGCCUCUCCCACUGAGCCAGCACCCCCUGCAGAACAUUGGCCUUUCCAGAAGGAAGAGAGGGCAAGUUCAAAUUUCUAACUGCAUAGCUCAGCAGGAGUCAGUCCUUCAGCAAAACAUGGAUCGAAGCCAUGGAAUCAAUUCCUCAAGGACUA